AUGGCACCUCUUCCUCUUUGCAGGGACACAUUGGAGACAGAUGAGCAUAUGAAGCUUGUAAAAGGUGACAAAACAUCGAGAAGCGAGAACACUCACUUAGAAGAGGAGCUUAUAACGGCCCCUCUAUUCUCACUUUCCGCAUGCGAGGUUCUGGAUACCGAACGCCUGAAUAAUGAGCAGGCUAUCAAAGGAGACCAGACAUAUCCGCAAUACGGACUACUUGGUCUGCGCAAUCGAUCUGCGAGCAACAAGCCAGCACAAGAGGAUCUUGUGUACGCUAAUGUGUCAGCGCCUUGGUCUGCUUUCAUCUGUGGCAGCCAGGGAAGUGGCAAAAGUCACACUCUGUCAUGCCUUCUAGAGAAUGCAUUAAUCCCAUCCUCCCCGGCUGGAAAGCUAUCGUCUCCUCUUGCUGGACUAGUUAUUCAUUAUGACAAGUUCACGGCCUUUUCCAGCACGCAGCUCUGUGAGGCGGCAUAUCUUUACUCGUCCAAGAUUCCUGUUCGUGUUUUGGUGUCGCCCACCAAUUACCUUGCCAUGAAAAAGGAAUAUGAGAAACUGGCAGGUGGUUCGAAAAUGUUAAAGGUUCUGCCACUGUAUCUGCCCCAGAGGGAUCUCAACAUUGGUAUGAUGAAGACCCUGAUGGGUAUCAACAACAAAACUGAGCAGCCUCUUUAUAUCGAGGUCGUUAUGAAGAUUCUUCGAGAUAUGGCAAUUGCCAACCAGGGAGAUUCCGGUUUCAACUACAUCUCGUUCAAACUUCUUCUGCAGCGUGAAACCUUCUUGAAAGGUCAGCUAAUGCCACUGAAUAUGCGCUUGGCAGUGCUUGAAUCGUUUUUCGAACCUGGAUCUGUGCCUGGUGCAAGUGCGGAUAAGUCAAAGAAACAUAAUAUUGAUGAUGUCUGGAAGUUUCCCCCGGGGACUUUGACAAUAAUCGAUUUGAGCUGCCCGUUCGUUGGCCAAGAAGAUGCAUGCGCACUGUUUAACAUCUCUGUUUCUUUGUUUUUGAAGAACCGCCAUGAUGCGGGCCGCAUCAUUGCCCUUGAUGAGGCGCACAAGUUUAUGAAUUCAACCUCGCCCGAAGCUGCCGAUCUGACUGAAACGCUGCUCUCUGUCGUCCGCCAGCAGCGUCAUCUAGCCGCGCGAGUGAUGAUAGCCACACAGGAACCAACCCUUGCACCUGCAUUGCUUGAGCUUUGCAACGUCACAAUUAUCCAUCGAUUCUCAUCUCCGGCUUGGUUCAAAGUGAUCAAGUCACACAUUGCGGGGGCUGGGAUUGAGGGCACUGGUUCAAAGACCACGGCCUCGUCGACGAUCUUUCAGAAGAUCGUUCGCUUGCCGACUGGGGAGGCUCUGGUAUUUUGUCCAACGGCACUUUUGGACAUCGCAAAGGACAGCGACCAGGAGAGUGAGGAGUCUUCAAGUGCUGCAUCUUCCAAUCUGCCAGAUACUCCAGAUGGAUCGCCCUCUGUGGACAUCGCUCAGGCUACGACAACCGAGUCGGACUCAGACUCUGAAGAGGAGCCUACUCUGUCUGGUGUCAUUCAGCUCGGAACAGCCUACGCCCACAUUCGAGUGCGGAAUCGGAUCACUGUUGAUGGUGGUCGCAGCGUGCUUGAGCGUUAA